UCCCAGUUACAUUGAAGAAAUUGUGCUUUGGUGUGGUUUGCUGCUACUUUUGCUGCCCAGCCCAUUUUCAUUACUGAGAGUCGUCCACCACGAGAUUGCCACCGUCGCCUUCAAAGUCGUUGCCAUCGCCACCAUCGUCGCCGCCACCAAAUUCGCCACCGCCAGCAUUCUCAUCAUCUCUAACACGAUCGACACGAGCAUUGUCGGGUUCGCCAUUGUUAACCCAAGCCGUUUUUCAAUAAAAGUAUUGAGUGCAACAAGAUCAUCUACCCAUCGACCUGGCAGUAAAUCAGGAGUUUUUCUCUUGUGUGCAUUACAUCUUUAAAGAAAGGUGAGUGAUUUUGACUUAACCGUCAUAGAUAUUCGCACAGUAAAACGACAUCAUCGUGUGUUGCGGUUUUUUAUAUAGAGAUUGAGUGCGUCAAAAUCAGUGUAGUUACUGGAAAAUUGUAAUAUCAAUCUGCUCUGUUUUAUCCAGGUUUCUACCGUAAAAUAUUACAACGAUCGUGUUGAAGAACGAUGUCGACGUUCAUCGGUUCUGUUGAGCCCUAUGUAGUAGGCACAUCUUUUAGCGAUUACGCGGAACGUUUGCAGCACGUUUUCAAUUACAAUAGAGUGCCUGAAGUAAAUCGCAAAUCGCUGUUCAUCACUGUCAGUGGAGCAGCAGUUUUUUCCGAAUUAAAGAAGCUUUAUCCCGGUACGGACCUUGACACAUUAUUGUACAAUGACAUCAUUGUCAAAUUGAAGAACAGAUUCGACAAAAAGGAAAGAACAAUGGUACAAAAGGCGCUUUUUUACGAGCGAUGUCAGCGUAGAGAUGAACUAGCUGAGGACUUUAUCCUUGAUGUUAAACUUCUGGCAGAAAACUGUGGUUUUGGUGUGAUGAGGGAUUCAAUCAUACGCGAUAGGUUGGUUUUGGGAGCCUAUGAUAAAAAAGUGCGUGAACGCUUACUUGAAGAAGGUGAACCUUCUCUAGAAGAAACAGAACGGAUUCUCAUUGCCCGGGAACAGAUGGCUCGUAGUUCGUUGCGGAUGGAGCAAACAGGUGAUAGAGUGAGUGCUAUAGAAAGACCCAGCGUACAUAACCAUCGUGAUGAUUAUUCAAGUAGAACCUGGGAUCAUCGUAAUGGAAGGAGAGAAGUGUAUCCGCACCGUAGUCGUCGUGACCAGGAUCGCUAUAGCUAUCCCAGCAGGAGUCGUUCAAGAUCUGGACAGCGUUGGAGGAGUAGCAAUGCCAAGAGCGUGUUAUGCAGUUAUUGCAAGAUUAGAGGUCAUGUGCGAAAGAACUGCUUCAAGCUUCAACGAUCCCGUCAGUCGAUUCGUUUCGUGGGAGACGAUGUUUCUACGAAGGAAUCCGGAUUCGAUUUCAAGAGGUUAGGACAACCGAACAACAUUAGCGAUUCUGAAGAGGAUUUGGAUUGCAUGUCUAUCACUGUUGGAGCACAGGUAAAUAAACCAGUUUUUAUACAUACGAAAAUCAAUGGGUUAGGUUUUGAUAUGGAGAUGGACAGUGGAUCUGCUGUAUCGGUGGUAGGUGAACAAAUAUAUAGGAAACAUUUUUAUAAAUUGCCUCUUAAAGUAUGCAGACGACGGUUAUCUGUAGUUGACGGAGCCAGAUUGGAAAUAUUGGGUGUUUUAGAAGUCACUGUUUCAAUGAGAAGCAUGAUUGCUGACGUAACAUAAGUAAUUUUGAAAGGCAAAACAAAUUUUGUGCCACUUGUUGGACGAGACUGGCUUGACGUAUUCUUCAAUGGAUGGAGAACAAAUUUUUUACAAAUAGACAAUAUUAACAAUGUGAGUGAAAAGGACGAGAAAGCUGAAGUGAUUGAGGACAUAAAACUAAAGUAUAAAGAUAUAUUUAGCAAAGAUUUGUCUGUACCAAUUCAAGGGUUUGAAGGAGAACUGUCUAUGCGGGAAACUGCACCGAUUUUCAAAAAAGCAUACACUGUGCCUCUACGUCUGAAAGACAAAGUUAUU